CUACUCCCACUACUACUACUCGGAAGAGUUUGGUGAUGAUGCGUACUACUCCAACUACUACUACUCGUCGUCGUCGGAAGAGGUGGUCCAGCGGCCGGCUGGCUCCAUCGCUCUGCCUGCCCUGCCGGGCUCACCGGCGCCUGCCGGUGAUGCUGCUACCGCUGCGCGCGCGCCCUCUCAGCUGGGCAAACGCACGGUGACGGGCAUGCUUGGCGACCGGACGACGACCGGGCUUGGCGGGCGGACGACGACGGGGCUCGGCGGGCGGACGCUGUCGGGCGUGUCGAUGAUGACCGGUGAGCUGCCGGACCGGACGACGACGGUGUACGUGAACUUCAAGGGUGUGGACCCGCCGAAGGAUGGCGGAAAGGCCAAGGCUCCGGAGGAGGUUGUGUACUACAACCAGAAGAUGACGGCGAUCAUGGAGCACUUUCAGUCCGAGGUGACGCAGGGUCUUGCCACGGCGGAGGCCAAGCGGCGGCUGGAGAAGUGGGGCGUCAACUCGCUUCCGUCGCCGCCGCCCAAGCCGUGGUGGCGGAUUCUUGCGGGCCAGUUUGGCGACUUUAUGAUCAUGGUCCUCUGCUUUGUGGCGCUCUUUGAGCUUGUGCUCCAGGAGUGGAUCGAGGCCUCUGUCCUCAUCAUUGUGGUUCUCAUGAACGUCAUUGUCGGCUUCCAGCAGGAGGUCAAGGCUGAGCGCGCGCUUGCGGCGCUCGAGUCGCUGACUGCGGCACAGGCCAAGGUCUUCCGCGACGGGGCGUGGCUCAACCUGCCGUCUGCCGAGCUUGUGCCUGGCGACAUUGUGGCGCUGGAAGAGGGCGACCUUGUGCCGGCGGAUCUGCGCCUGUUUGAGGUCAACGGCCUGUACGUGGACGAGGCGCGCCUGACGGGCGAGGCCGAGCCUAUCGAGAAGAUCGACGAGCGCAUCAUGCACGACGGCAUCGGUGUGCUUACCGUCGGCGACCGGCGCAACAUGGCGUUUAUGUCGACGCUGGUCACGUCGGGCGUGGCGACUGCGGUCGUGGUCAACACGGGCUCGCGGACGCAGAUCGGCAAGAUUUCGUCGGCUCUCGCGGAGAAGACCGAUAAGGAGUCGCCCAUGCAGUCCAAGCUCGAGCGACUUGGCAAGAUCCUGGUCUUCCUCUCGGUCUUCCUCUGCCUCCUCGUCAUUGCCAUUGGCAUCAUCCGGGUCCGCGCCGAGAAGGGUCGCGUCCGUGGCGAGGACUGGCGCGCGUGGUUCAAGGUCGGCAUCUCGCUUGCCGUCGCCGUCAUUCCCGAGGGCCUUGUGGCCGUUGUCACCGUGGCUCUCGCCGUCGGCGUGCAGCGCAUUUCCAAGGUCAACGCCAUUGUCCGCAACAUGUCUGCGGUGGAGACGCUCGGCUCGGUCACCGUCAUCUGUUCGGAUAAGACCGGAACGCUCACCGAGGGCAAGAUGCGGUCGGAGGAGCUCAUUGCGGGCUCGGUGGUUUACGGCAUUGCCGGCACCGACAUCAUUCCCGAGGGUGAGGUGACCCGCAAGUCGUCGGGCGACCUCCUCCCGGCUGACAACUACCGCGAGCUCCCGCCGGCGGUCUACCGCUCCAUGCAAGUCUGCGCCCUGUGCAACAACUCGUCGCUGGGCUUCAACACCGAGCGCCGCGAGUGGGAGUACACCGGCGACCCGACCGAGGUUGCCCUUGAGGUUGCCGCCCGCAAGCUCUCGCUCGGCGCCGAGGUCUGGUCGUCGUCGUUUGGCUACGAGAAGGUCUUUGAGAUUCCGUUCACCUCGGACCGCAAGCGCAUGACGGGCGUCUUCCGCUCGACGGGCAAGGGCCCGAUGGGCGAGAAGGCCAACUCGGGCGUCGUUGUUGCCAAGGGCGCCAUGGGCUUCCUCCUCCCGGCCUGCACUUCGUUCCUCAACGACGGCGGCGACGUUGUCCCGCUCGACGACUCGAUCCGCGAGUCCAUCGAGACGCACAACCAUGCGCUUUCCGGCCGCGGCCUCCGCACGCUCGCCCUCGCCUACCGCGACGUCUCGCGCUCGGAGCUUGCCCGCCUCGACGACUCAAACCCCGACGCCGUCGAGUCAAACCUCAUUUUCUGCGGGCUCAUUGCCAUGCGCGACCCGCCGCGCGAGUCGGUCAAGGGCUCGAUUGCCGUGGCGCACGGCGCCGGCAUCCGCAUCACCAUGAUUACCGGUGACCACCCGACGACCGCAUCUGCCAUCGCCAAGCAGCUCGGCAUCAUCAAGGAGGAUGAGGAUCAUCUGGUUGCCACCGGUGCGUGGGUCGACUCGCGCUCGACCGACGACCUCGUCAACAUGACCGAGUUCCCCAAGGUCUUUGCCCGCGUCUCGCCCGCCAACAAGCUCGCCCUUGUCCGCGCUCUCAAGGCCCGCGGCAACAUUGUGGCCAUGACCGGCGACGGCGUCAACGACGCCCCGGCCAUCAAGCACGCUGACGUCGGCGUCGCCAUGGGCCAGACCGGUACCGACCUCACCAUCCAGUCGGCCGACAUUGUCCUCCUCGACGACGACUUCAACACCAUUGUCUUUGCUGUCGAAGAGGGCCGCCUCGUCCGCGACAACCUCAUGACGUACCUUGCGUACCUGCUGGCCUGCAACGGGUCAGAGAUUAUGACCAUGAUGGCCAUGGCCAUUGCCGGCCUUGUCCCGCCCUUCUCGCCCGUCGCCAUCCUCUACGCCAACGUCAUCAUCGACGUCCCGCCGUCGCUCGCCCUCGGCAUUGACGUCAAGUCGGAGGGCCUCAUGCAUCGCCUGCCGCGCGACCCCAAGGCGGCCAUCCUCUCGAUCCGCUCGGUUAUCGUUGUCUUCCUCCAGGCCUGCUCCAUCUCGGUCUGGACCGUCAUUGUCUACCUCCUCGCCAUCUACGUCCACAACUACGAGCUCGACAACGACGACCUCGAGGCCCGCUCGCACGCCCGGUCGCUCGCCUUUGUCACCCAGGCCUGCAUCCACCUCUUCCACUCGUACCCGGCCCGCUCCAUGUCGCAGUCGGUCUUUAACAAGGCUGCCCUUGGCAACAAGGUUCUCAACUACGGCAUCGGCAUCUCGCUUGCCAUCCUCAUCAUCAUCUGCUACAUCCCGGGCCUUGGCCCCGAGCUCGACCAGUGGCCGCUCAACGUCCGCGACUGGGCCUACGUCAUCGGCGCCGUCAUCAUGCAUCUGCUCGUCACCGAGGUCAUCAAGUCCAUCCUCGUCCGCAGCAUUUUCCUUGCUGAUGCCGACAAGGUCGACGAGUCGGUCGAUACCGGCAAGCCCAAGUUCUUCAAGGACAUGUAAGUGGUGCUCUCAGUUUGCAAUAAAACACUCUACCAGUUA